GCUAACCCACGUCCAUUUAUUCACCCAAUAGCUCCCUCACUCACUCUAUGUAGUUGACAUUCAUAAUUUCACAAUGCUUCAUCUCUCUGGAUUACUUUUGCUUUUGCUGGAUCCAUCUAUGAUCUGUGGUCAAACGACGCAAGAUAACAGAAUAGUAUUUGAAGAGAGACCCAAUGUCACGUAUGAGGACAAUGAGAAUUUUCAGACUCAAGAUUCUCAAAUUAGCUACAGUCACUGUCAUGAAGAGGAUUUGAAGUAUAAUGUUGGAUGGUGCUGGGAGAGUUUCAAUGAGAGCAUGAGUGAACUGAGCAAGGACAAUUGGUGUAAUAUGGAGAUAGUGAUAAGAAACUACAACAAGUUAACUGAGUGUAUUGAGUAUGAAUGCAAUUUGCUGGAGUGCUUCUACCCUAAUCACGUGGUGGAGGAGCUGUUUGUGAGGAUACACCAGCAGUACUUCAGUUCUUGUAACAAUGAAGAGGAUUUACCCGACGCCCCGGCUGGAGUCGUGCUCAUAUCCACACUGCUGCCUAUCCUCCUCAUACCCUUCAUAGUCUACAUCGUGGUCUGGAAGAGUAGUUUAAGGGACUGAAUGCUUUUGCCUUAUCCUGGAUGAGUUAAAGUGAUACUUCGUCAAAUCCUGUCAUCAUUUACUCACACUCACAUCUGACACCUGUAUGACUUUCAUUCUUCUAAAGAAGAUAUUUUGAAGUUGUUGUUUGGAUGUUCUUCCAAAUAGAUUUUCUUGUGUGUUUUGCAGAACAGAGGAUUGAAAUGAGAGGAGGUUGAGUAAAUGAUGACCCAGUUUUUUGUUUUUGAGUGAGUGGUUGCUUUAAAGUAAACUUUGAAUAUACAAAGUUCGUGUGGUUCACAAUGAUGUAAUUACUGUAAAUAAAACACGCAGUGGGUGUGUGAAUUUUCAACACACUCAUGAUUGAAUGUAUAACAGAUGCACGAUUUGUGAUCAUGAUAUGAAUAUACUGUGGCUUACUAAAAAAUACUGAGUGUCCUACAUAUCCUGCUAGACUUUUUUCGGGUGUUGUAUGUCAGUUUACAGCUAUUAAUUGAAGUUUGAAAAUGCUCAGCAACUUGUUCACACACGUGUAAACCUAAAGAACAUUAAACUAAAUAUUGAAGCCUUAUUUAUAAUGUAUUAUAAUCAUAUUUGUAAUGGCAUGAAUAAUGCCUUAUAAAAACCAUUAUAAUCUGUUGCAUCAUCUCAUGAGUCUUACCUGCAGUUAUACAUUACAAUACCUAACAAUUUUUGUUUAUGCCUUUUAAAAGCAUAAUGAUUUAUAACACACAAUGAACACAUUAUAUACAAGUUACAAUGCAUUAUGGUUCCCAUAGUUAUAAUG